CCCUCCACUCCCAUGAUCCCGCCCCAACAAGGCAAAACGGAUCCGUCCGUCCUUUCGUUUUGUGUUUUUUUUUCGUCCGGCGGUAUCCAACGCCAGCCGGGUCCGAUCGCAACGAUUCCUUUGUGCCUGGAUGGUGCGUCCGUUUCCGUUUCCAUUACCAUUCGCUUGCUCGCUCGUUCGUUCGUUCGUUCGUUCCUUCGGGGCUCGGCUCGGCUCGACGCGCCACCUUGCCUGCCUACGCCGACUGCUGCUCCUGGCGGCACUUCUUCCAGCAGUUCAGGUCGAAAAAGGGGCACUGGUCGCACUCCCAGGGAAACUCCUUGGAGCGGAUGGACAUGUAGUCCGGGAGGGGUCCCUCGGGCCGGUGGUGGUGCUCCUCGAUGGCCAAGUCCUUGGCGACCAUCGCGAGGCAGCCGGGGAUGCAGACGAUGAUGGAGAUCCGGAUCCAGGUCCAGAGCUCGGUCCACUCCUCGUCGUGGGACUUGUGGGGGUUGGCCGCCAGGACCUCCUUCUGGUAGGCGAUCCGGGCCCGGAUCUGCUCGAUGGCCUCGGCCUGCAUCUCGGCCUCCGUCCCGGCCUUGGGGACCGUCUGGACCCAGCGGGUGUUGGUGGUUGUGUUUGUGGUUCCUCUCGGGGGGGCCCUGGAGACAGAGAGCGAGAGCGCGCUUCUUCCGCCCGCAACGGUCCGGCGGACCGUUAGGCUCUUGGCGAGGCUUUUUGCCGCUGCGAGGGACUGCGUGGCGUGGCGAUGGGAUGGGAUGUGUGUUUUUUUUUUGGGGUGUUGUGUUGUGUUGUGUUGUGUUUGGUGUUGUUGGGUUUGGUUCGGAAUGGAAUGGAUUGUGCGUUGACAGAGGAAACAACAACCGCGAAAUUUGGAUUAGGGUUAGGCGUAAUGCAACAGCACA